AUGAGUGAGGACUAUGAAAAGAUGCGGCGACAGCUGAAGCAGAUGCUUGCGCGCCGCAAUAAAGUUGAGAAAGAGCUCGAGGCGAUCGAGGACAAGAUAUACAUAGAAGAGACGGCUUACUUGCAGGACGCAGUCGCCGGUAACAUCUCCAAGGGCUUUGAGAACUAUACCAAAAGCAACCAGAACAGGAGGAGACCAGUUCUCACCGACGAGGACCGUAUUUUUUCUCAGAGCUCCACUCUUCUCCAGGACCCCUAA